AUGCCGUUUCAAUACAAACCCCAAGGCACUACCCAUCGCAGAAAAUUUACAAAGCGUGACCUUGAGCAAGCUACGAGUAUUAGUGAGAUUCAGGGAGGUGCUUCUAUUAGAAAAACAGCCAUUAAAUAUGAAAUUGAUAGAACGACUCUAAGAAGGUACCAUGUUUGCGGUGAAGCGACAUUAAAUAAAAUAGAAGAAAAAGGUGGUCAGUACAAAAGCUCGCAGAUUUUUGAUAAUAGGGAAAAGCAAUUAGUAAAAUACCUUUUGAUAUACAGUAAAAUACACUAUGGACUAACGAGAAAACAAUCCAUGCAAUUAGCCUUUGAUUAUGCUCUAGCAAAUAAUAAAAAAAUACCUCAAAGUUGGACAAAUAACGAUUCUGCUGGAAAAGAUUGGUUCCGAGGUUUCUUAGCUAGAAACCCGGAAAUAAGCUUAAGGACGCCUGAAGCCACCAGUUUGUAG